ACGUUUUGAAGGGGUAUUGGAAUUUAUGAAUAAAGUACCGAACAAUAAAGCAAAUAUGUUGGCACCUUCGUUGGAGGUUGUAGUGGUGGAUUUACCAAAGCAAAAAAAUUGUCAUGAUUGUGGCGUUUAUGUCCUUAAGUACUUGGAGAUGUGGGAUGGUCAAGCAAAAUGGGGGCAGAAGAGUAUGCCCGACUAUUCAUUGGAGGAUAUCCUUCGGAUUCGCAGUGACAUUGUUUGUCGUUUGGUGCUUCAUGAAGAAAAUAAGCUGAGAAGUUUUGUAUUAGAUAAUGCAAUGUUACCCGCGGACUUAUUGAUCGAUUAAACAUACAUUUUCUAACUUAAUUGUGGUCGAUUGUUAGUGAUGUACAUUUGACGAAGACAUACUUUUUUUGGUUAUUGAUGGUCAUCUAUAAAAGAUUAUACUUGUUCA